GAUAUGUUCCUGUAACUUUUACCGUGGAAAGAUAGAUGCGACAAAUACCGCCCGCAAAGUUGAACACCAUAAAAUGGUCAAGAAAUGUGGAUGCAGACUACUUUGCAAACCAUUUGGUGCAUAAGUUGCUUCCGUCGAUACCAUUUUGACACAAUCGGAGUAGCAAACGCAGGGAGCCAAUGGAGAAAUCCGGGUAUGGCCGCGACGGAAUAUUCCGAUCACUCCGGCCACCACUAGUCAUCCCAGCAGACCCCAACACAUCAAUGACUUCUUUCCUCUUCCGCAACGUAUCAUCUUACCCGAACAGACCUGCCUUAAUCGACUCCGACUCCGGCGAAACCCUCACUUUUUCUGAAUUGAGAACCACCGUCGCCAAGAUCUCUUAUGCCUUGAACACCCAGCUAGGUAUUAAAAAGAACGACGUCGUUCUCAUCUUCGCCCCCAAUUCAAUCCAAUACCCCAUUUGCUUAUACUCAAUCAUCGCUCUCGGCGCCAUCGCCACCACUGUCAACCCCCAGUACACUGUCCGAGAGCUAUCCAAGCAAAUCAAAGACUCUAACCCAAARCUCAUCAUCACUGUUCAAGAAUUGUACCAAAAAGUCGAAAACUUUGGGCUACCGGUUGUGUUUUUAGGAUCAGAAAGUUCAAGAAAAGGGUGUAUUUCAUAUAAAGAUUUGAUUUCAAAAUCUGGGUCAGUCUCAGAACUUCCUAAAGUUUCAAUUCGAGGAGACGAUACCGCUGCUUUGUUGUACUCAUCUGGGACAACUGGUGUUAGUAAGGGUGUCAUUUUGAGCCACCGGAACUUCAUCUCAAUUUCACAAAUGUUAGCUUCUGAUCAAAGAUUAUUGGGGGAAAAGGGUUAUGUUUUCUUGUGUUUCUUGCCAAUGUUUCAUAUAUUUGGACUUGGAGUUGUAUUAUAUUCUCAGUUACAGGAGGGGAAUACCGUUGUGUCAAUGGGAAAGUUUGAUUUUGGAGGGAUGUUGAAGAACAUUGAGAAAUAUAGAGUUACACAUUUGUGGGUUGUUCCACCAGUUAUACUUGCUUUAGCUAAGCAGGAUGUGGUGAACAAGUUUGAUCUUUCUUCACUGAAGCAAAUCGGGUCGGGUGCUGCACCUUUGGGGAAAGAAUUGAUGGAGGAGUGUGCCAAGAAAUUCCCUUCUGUUGUGGUUAUGCAGGGAUAUGGCAUGACUGAAACGAGUGGAGUUGUCUCGGUGGAGAGUCCAAUUAUGGGCCCUCGACACUCUGGUUCAGCCGGGAGGCUUAUCCCAGGAGUUGAGGCUCAGAUAGUAAGUGUAGAUACCAGUAAACUUCUUCCUCCUAACCAGAUGGGCGAGAUAUGGACUCGUGGAGCUAACAUGAUGCAAGGUUAUCUCAACAAUCCUCAGGCUACAAAGCUUACAAUAGAUAAACAGGGAUGGGUGCAUACCGGAGAUCUUGGAUAUUUUGAUGACGAAGGUCAAUUAUUCGUGGUUGACCGAAUCAAAGAACUCAUCAAGUACAAAGGGUUUCAGGUUGCACCAGCAGAACUCGAAGCACUUCUGCUUUCGCAUUCUGAAAUAUUAGACGCUGCAGUCAUCCCGUUUCCUGAUGCUGAAGCUGGGGAGGUCCCGAUUGGGUUUGUGGUCCGAUCUCCAAACAGUUCAUUGAACGAAGAAGAUGUUAAGAAAUUUAUCGCAGAACUGGUUGCACCUUAUAAAAGAUUGAGGCGAGUAACGUUCGUAAACAGUGUUCCGAAAUCAGCUGCUGGGAAACUUCUGAGGCGCGAGCUUAUUGAAAAAGUUCGGUCCAAAAUGUGAAAUUUUUUACGCAAUGAAUUCGAUAUUUGAGUUUCAUGGUUAUGCAGUUUCUGUAAUGAAAUCUAUGUCAAAGAAAACUGAAAUAAUUAGAAGGAUCGAUUGAUGAUGUAUUUGGUACAUUUUAUUUAGUUCGGCUUCAAAAUGAAAAUAAAAUUUUGAUU